CUCACAGUCUCUCUCUCUCUCUUCAUGUUUUCAGUACGAUCGAGCUGAGUGGGUGAAAAGCAAAGGAGAGAGACACACACACACACAGAGAGAGAGAGAGAGAGAGAGAGGGAGAGAGAGAGAGAGAGAGAAAGAGAGAGAGAGAGAGAUUGGAGAAGCAGCCAGUUGUUCGUCCCUCACUCCAGGCUCUAAGUUUAUAGGCAGCCAGGCAGAUUUUCUUGGCUUAGACGCAGCGCUCAUGACAGGAUUAGGAGCCGGGGACACGGGACCAACCGGAGAUCUGCAGGUCCUUGUGGACGAGCCCGAGCCAGAUUCUCUGCCUGCACAGCUGUGACCGGCCUCCCGUGUCCCGCCACACCAAUCAUCCGACAACAGUCUACCCGAGGUUGACCUGAUUACCAAGAGGCCUCCCUUCCUCUCCUCUCCUCUCCCACCAUGCGUCUCCUCGCCACCCUCCUCCUCUUGCUGCUCCUGCGGUCAGCUGAGCCCCGGAGAGGCCCCCCUCGGUCAGGGGCUGCGGAGAGGGGCCGUGUGCGGGGCAGAGGCAGGGCCGGAGUGAUGAGACGUCAAACUCAAGAGUGUAAGGAAUACAUGGAGGCGGGAGAAAAGUACCUGGACUGCCAGGACAGGCAGCUGACCACUGUGAUGCAGGACUGGCCCAAAGAUAUUCACCACCUGCUGUUGGCUAGAAACAAGAUUCAGGUUUUGAGGGACAACAUGUUCUCCCAGUUCAGCCAGCUGAAGAGCCUCGACCUCCAGCAGAAUGACAUCUCCAUGGUGGAGGACGGAGCAUUCAGCGGCCUGUCCCAGCUCACCACCCUGCUCCUCCAGCACAACGGACUGAGAACAGCGUCCGAGGAGGUCCUGCUCCCUCUGCCCCGCCUUACCUACCUCCGUGUCUACGACAACCCCUGGAGCUGCCACUGCUCAUUGGACAGCCUGGUCAGGACCCUGCAGGUGCCCAGCAACCGCAACCUGGGCAACUACGCCAAGUGUGCGGAACCUCUGUCACUGAAAGGCCAGAAGCUCAGGAAGCUGAGUGUGGACUUAUUGUGCACGGCUGACAACCAGGUGGACAGCAGGCCUGCGGGCGGAGACAGGGGGGGACCGAGGCCUCCGCCAAUCAAAGUAAAGGCAGAGGCCACGUCCAUGUGCCACACCUACAUGUUCCCCAAACCACUGCUGGACUGCAGCAGCAAAGAUUUGAAUAACAUCCCAGCUGACCUGCCAUCUGACAUAGUGAAGAUGGAUCUGUCCAGGAACAGCAUCACACAUCUCAGGCCCAAACAGUUCCUGCUGUCCAAAGACCUCAAGCUGCUCAACCUCAGCAGCAACAGCCUGCGCCGUAUAGACACAGCUGCAUUUGCAGGCCUGCUGUACCUCCGUGAGCUCGACUUGUCCAACAACAGCCUCCAUUACUUCCAGUACGGCGUACUGGAGGACCUCUACUUCCUACGGAAGCUCUCGCUGGAGAACAACCCCUGGAUCUGCGACUACAACAUCCACUACCUGAUCUACUGGCUCAAGCACCACCCCGGCGUCUUCUACACUGGCCUGAUCUGCUCUGAGCCGCAGGAGUUCAGGGGCUGGCGGGUCGAGGAUUACGUCAAGACCUACAACGGGGAAUGUCCUAAGGAUAGACAAACUGGAGGGACGGAUACGGGACAGGGAGGGCAAGGGGGGACAGACAAUGAGGCGCAGGAGGUGGUGAGGGAGACAGGUGAGGGGCAGGGCGAGCGUCUGCCUCAGCCCCUGAAAGAGAAGAAGCCCAACAGGUUUGAGAUCAUCAGGCUGAGUUAGAAUGGAGGUGGAUGAGCGGACUGGUGUGGUUUGGUAUGGAGUGAGGAGAGUUGGAGGUCUGUGGACAGGCUGAAGAGUGGAUGCAUAAAGGUAGACUCAGUGAUUCAAUGUUUAAUUAAAAUGUGACAUGUACAAGUACAAUUCUGGGAUAAACAUCCAUUAUUUGCGCUUAAGAUGUCUUUUUAGCAUUCAAUUUUUCUUCAAAGAUUAUUAGUUGCAAUAUCAUAUUGCUAACUCUACCUUUGAACAAAGGUUUAGGAGAUGCCAUUUGAGCUUUUGUUUUAUCUUUUUGCAGAACAUUCCCAAUCCAGUCUGUAUCAGAUCUAAUAAGCCCAACAAAACUUUCCCACACAGUUGACCUGCAGGUGCUCUUAUUUCUGUUAGUUCUUGUGAUGUUGACUUCAGGAUAUACUUUUCUAUUCCAACAAAGAAGGUUUUGGUCUUUUUUUAUGGUGUCAAUUAAUGUAUGACAUUUUCGGCCUGUUUUCUGGAAAUAAAAUUGGGUUUAUUUUUU